CCCCCUGCCAUUGGCAGAGGGCGGAGGAGUUAGAGGCAUUAACCCCUCCCAGUCCCUUCCUAGAGGAGCCACCCAGCCUCGGCGGGGCGCUCAGAGACUUCGCUUUGCCACUGGUGCGGGCAGCGGCAGCCAAGGCUGGCCAUUGGAGUGAACGGCUGCGGAGGGAGGGGACCCCAGCUCAGAGAACUUUGCGAGUGAGCUGGUCGCCGUCAUUCGAGGACAGCAGCAAGAUGCAGAUCGCGCGGUGUAGACCCAGAGCCCUGCGGACGCAGCUUCUUCGUCCUGCUUGAGCGAGGCUGCUGUUUCGGAGGCUCUCUCCAGCCACGGAAAAGCAACACACACAAAAAAACGUUGGAUUGCUCACUGACCCGGCCCUGCGGUAACUGAAGGCCCGCUCAACCUCGCCCUCUAGCGUUCGUCUGGAGAAGUCCUACCCCGGGUUCUUGGGGACACACUGCGGCUAUGGUGUCCACCAGCGUCCCUGUGGUUAAGGCCCUUCGUAGCUCAGUUUCCGACUAUGGCAACUAUGAUAUCAUAGUCCGGCAUUAUAACUACACAGGCAAAUUGAACAUCGGGUUGGAGAAGGACCACGGCAUUAAACUGACUUCAGUGGUCUUCAUUCUCAUCUGCUGCUUCAUCAUCCUAGAGAAUAUAUUUGUCUUGCUAACUAUCUGGAAAACCAAGAAGUUCCAUCGGCCCAUGUACUAUUUCAUCGGCAACCUGGCCCUCUCGGACCUGUUAGCAGGAGUGGCUUAUGCAGCUAACCUGCUGUUAUCUGGGGCCACCACCUACAAGCUCACCCCCGCCCAGUGGUUUCUGCGGGAAGGGAGUAUGUUUGUGGCUCUGUCGGCCUCGGUGUUCAGCCUCCUUGCCAUCGCCAUAGAGCGCUACAUCACCAUGCUGAAGAUGAAACUGCACAAUGGGAGCAACAGCUCGCGCUCGUUUCUGCUGAUCAGCGCCUGCUGGGUCAUCUCCCUGAUUCUGGGGGGCCUGCCCAUCAUGGGCUGGAACUGCAUCAACUCGCUGUCCAGCUGCUCCACCGUGCUCCCGCUCUACCACAAGCACUAUAUUCUUUUCUGCACCACCGUCUUCACUCUGCUCCUGCUGUCCAUCGUCAUUCUCUACUGCAGGAUCUACUCCUUGGUCAGGACUCGAAGCCGCCGCCUGACCUUCCGAAAGAACAUUUCCAAGGCCAGCCGCAGUUCUGAGAAGUCGCUGGCCUUACUGAAGACCGUGAUCAUUGUCCUGAGUGUCUUCAUUGCCUGCUGGGCCCCUCUCUUCAUCCUGCUGUUGCUGGAUGUGGGCUGCAAGGCGAAGACCUGCAACAUCCUGUACAAAGCAGAGUACUUCCUGGUGUUGGCUGUGCUGAACUCAGGUACCAAUCCCAUCAUUUACACCCUGACCAACAAGGAGAUGCGCAGGGCCUUCAUCCGGAUUGUAUCCUGUUGCAAAUGUCCCAACGGAGACUCCACUGGCAAAUUCAAGCGGCCCAUCAUCCCAGGCAUGGAAUUCAGCCGCAGCAAAUCAGACAACUCCUCCCACCCACAGAAGGAUGAUGGGGACAACCCAGAGACCAUUAUGUCUUCUGGAAACGUCAACUCUUCCUCUUAAAAAUGGAAGCCGUUGAUACUGGGGAACCAUACUGACUUGGUCACUCACUACCCCAGAAUUUAAAAAAAAAAAAAUGUCUCUCAUUUUCCACUGCUGCCGGGAAGGAGCUCCUGGGAGCUUGAGAGAGGGAGGGAAGGGAGAAUGUGUGGCCUGGCGAUGCCACGGUGUAGGGUAGGUCGUUCUUGUGAACAAAGCACUGGAAAGGGUGGAGAUAAGGUCUGGCCUGCAAUGGGUUUCCUGCCCUCCCCCCCAUACUCUGGAGCUUUGAUUUUGCACUGAGCCAAAGGUCUAGCAUUGUCAAGCUCCUGAAGGGCGCAUCUGACCCCUUCUCAAAGACUAACGUCCCAUGAGAAAGUAUCCCUGGUGUUUUGAGAUGUGAUCUUUCACUGUUAAUGGUAAAGUGGGGAUGUGCCCAUUAGCUUGGUAGGGGGUGCGCACCUCGCACUCUCCCUCCCCCUCCCCUCUCUCCUUCCUGCCCUUCCCCAUAUUCUUUUACUUUAUAUCUUAACUGUCUGACGUUGUUCGUCAGUAGGGGGUUGUACAGGGCUCUUUCUUGAUUGUCUGAAACUGGACGGCUAUUCACGGGAAAGGCUACUUGCUGAGGCCAAAGCUUCCAUGUAAGGCGCGUUAAGUUGUUGGUUAUUUGCUAGGCUGGGUUCAAAGUGAAAAUGUGUUCCAUAUUCCUCAUGCAUUCCUUAUUCCUUAUUCCCAUUACAACCACAGUGAACAUGUGUUUGUAAUGGGAAUAACGAGGUCUAUUUUAUUUGAAUGGCAUCCUCCCGGACCUGAGAUGAAACAGGAGAAAACCCACAGGAUGAAGUGAAGUGUGGCGGUGACUUUUGCAAACCAAGAGUGAUUUCUUCUUGUCCUUCUCUAACAAAUACGAUGUCUUUGGCACUUUCAUUGAUUAUUUCAGAGUGUUGUAUGAGCCAUUUCAAACAAUGGGGGGUUAUUUCGUUUAAAAUACGAUUUAUGAUUUUUUGAAUGUAUUUGUUUCUUCGAGGUCAUCUGUUGAGUUUCUUCCUAACCUGUGUUAACACCACUGAAUGUGUAGUUCUUAAGAAAGUGCUACCCUCUUGUAUCCGAAAAAGCAUUACUUUAACUGACAGGGAGCACCAGGAGUUCUUUGUUUGGGCUGUUAAUAGAUAGAGAUGGUGAGGUGUAAAUGUUGCAGAGAAUAAAAAUAUAUUACUGUCUCUUUAGCAUGGUUUUCAGUGCAAUUAAACCAAGAAAUGUCUUUUUUUAAAAAAAAUAGUAUUUAAUAGGUUUCUGACUUUUGUGGGUCAUUUUGCACAUAGCUUUAUCAACUUUUAAACAUUAAUAAACUGAUUUUUUUUUAAA